AUGUCGCGAAUUCGAGCGGGUGCAGCCCUGUCGACGUUAUCCCCAGCACAGCAGGCAGUCCUCGAGGCAGCAAAGCUCGACUUGUCAAACCUUAGCUCUGAAAGAACUGCUCAGGAUGCAGAAAGAAGGAGUUUGGCUCGUGAUUUCUGCUCCGACACUGUGACUGCGCCACCACAAGCAAUGUUAGAGUAUGCAUUCAAAGUGACAUCUUUUGGCGACGACGUAUUCCAACGAGACUACUGUACCAACGCCCUCGAGAAGCAUGUAGCGAAUCUUUGUGGCAAAGAGGCGGGAUUGUUCAUCAGCAGUGGAACAAUGGGGAACCAAAUUGCCCUGAGGUGCCUCUUGGAACAACCACCAUACAGUGUACUUUGCGACCAACGCUCGCAUCUUUCUCAGUACGAGACAGGAGGAGCCGCCUAUAAUAGCGGGGCGACUUUGAUCCCAGUCGUUCCAAGCGAUGGCAAGCCGAUUUGUUUUCGACGGUUUCUGUCGUUGGAGGAUGUCAAAAAGCAUAUUAUCCUGACAGACGACAUUCACUAUGCCACUACCCAAGUCAUCGCACUGGAGAAUACGCUCAACGGUAGCGUUCAUCCUCAGCAGUCAAUCCUGGAGAUAGCCUCCUUCGGGAAACAGCACGGAAUGAAGAUGCAUCUUGACGGUGCAAGACUUUGGCACGUUGCCGUAGAGACUGGCCAACCACUUUCAGAGUUGUGUUCCCCCUUUGACACUGUCACUCUCUGCUUCAGUAAAGGAUUGGGUGCUCCCGCAGGUUCCAUCCUUGUCGGAACCGAAAAGACGAUUGCUCUCGCAAGGCGCUAUCGGAAACUAUUUGGCGGUGCAAUGAGACAAAUAGGGAUUUUAUCAGCUUGUGCAGCAUACGCACUUACACACCAUCUUUCUCUUCUCCCAUCCGUCCAUUCAAAGGCCAAGCGCCUAGCUCAAGGUCUACAGGAUAUGGGUAUCAGCAUUACAACACCUGUCGAAACAUGCAUGGUCUGGUUCGAUCCAUCUCCAGCUGGUUUAACGACGGAAAAUAUUGCGAGCGAAGCUGCAGCAUUACAAGAACCCAUUACAAUGUUUGGGAGCAACCGAGUUGUGGUUCAUAUACAGACCUCUGACGAGGCUAUCGACGAUCUACUUCGUCUCGUCCGGUCAUUGAUACAGAAUGGAGGACCCACUGGCAGAGGUACCACCGUCUCAAGAGGAGUCUAUUCAGCUCGUCUAUGA